CGCCGAGUGCGGGGCACCAAAAGUGGGGAAGCCGUGGCGGUGAACGGACGUGUGCCAGGAGUGUUGUGCGAGAUCGAGAGUCUCAGUCGAGCCGCGGGAGUGAGUAGACGUGCAGCGCGCCGAGAGGCGUCGACAAGUGUUUGUGUGUGACCGAGGCGGCGGGGCGAAGCGUCCCUCCAGUGACGGCCGCCAGCAUGGAUCACGACAGAGGCAGCACCCAGCACGUCGCCUUCCACAUGGAGGACGUGACCAACGUUAUCCGGGAGGAGGAUGAAGAGGAGGAGGAGGGGGCGGGAGAACACGAUGGAGACGAAGACCAGAAGACGCCCUUCACAGCCAAUGGCCAUACAAGCACCAAAGAGACGGGCGCAGAGCGGGACCAGCUGCCCUUCCUCAAGGCUCGCCAAGGGCGGUACUCAGUCGUCUCCGCCCAAGGCUUCGUCAUGUCUUCGCGGCCAUCCUUCGGCGGUAUGUCCUCGAGGCCCUCCUUCGGCGGCCUCUCCUCGCGGCCGUCGUUCCAGGGGCUGUCAUCGAGGCCCUCCAUGGCGUCGCUCCGCUCCACGAUCUCGCGGGUCAACAGCGAACUCUACCCCGAGCGAGGCUCCUUCGUGGCCUUUAGCCUCGGCCAAUCCUUCGCCGACAUCCCGCCGCUGGCCCGCAAGAUGUACAUCAUCACGCAGGUGCUGGCGGCGCUGUCGGUCUCCAUGGGCUCAAUGGCAGUGGGUUUCACUGCGGCCUACACCUCCCCGGCGCUUGAAUCCCUCGACGCUGCCGCCAACGCCACUCUCGAAGCAAUGAACACCACCCUCGAGGACUUUAACUCCACCCUCGACGACGCCGCCAACCACCCGCUCAUGGUCACCGAGGAACAGAAGUCGUGGAUCGGCUCCCUCAUGCCCCUCAGCGCCCUCUUCGGGAGCAUCAUGGGCGGCUACCUCCUGGACGCCCUCGGCAGGAAGAUGGUGAUCCUUCUCUGCGGGCCGCCCUUCAUCGUUGCAUACCUUAUGAUCGGGUCGGCAGUCAACGUCGCGAUGAUCUACAUAGGGCGCGUCAUCGGCGGCCUCUGCGUCGGCCUCCUGACCCUCACGCUGCCCGUAUACCUCAGCGAGACCGUCCAGCCGGAGAUCCGUGGCAUCCUGGGGCUCCUACCGACCACCUUUGGGAACGCCGGCAUCCUCCUCUGCUUCUUGGUGGGGUCGAACGUGAACUGGUGGGUGUUGGCGUACGUGGGAGCCAUUGUGCCACUCAUCUUCACCACCAUGAUGUGCUUCGUGCCUGAGACCCCCCGCUGGUAUAUCUCCAAGGACCGCGUGGAGGACGCCCGCGCCGCCCUGCAGUGGCUUCGCGGCUCCUUCAAUGACGUGGAGUUCGAGCUCGAGGCCAUCCAGAUCAACUUCGAUAUGUCGAGCCAAAGCAAGUCCUCCGUGAUGGACGUGUUCACCCGGCGCCACAUCCGACCCUUCCUCCUCUCCAUGGGCCUCAUGCUCAUCCAACAGCUCUCGGGCAUCAACGCCGUCAUCUUCUACACGGUGGCCAUCUUCAAAAUGUCCGGGUCCGCCAUGAGCGAUCACCUUUCCACCAUCAUCGUGGGCGUCGUCAACUUGCUGUCCACCUUCGUCGCCAACGCCGUCAUCGACAAGGUGGGCCGCAAGGUGCUCGUCUACAUCUCCAGCGUCCUCAUGGUGGUCUCCCUCGUGUCCCUUGGCUCCUUCUUCGCCUUGAGGGACAAAGCCGAAAGUCUGACUGCUGACCACGUGGACUUCGCCUGGUGGGAAGCGUUGCUCGCCAACAUCUCGUGGCUGCCGCUGGUGAGCUUCAUGAUGUACGUGGUGGCCUUCUCCCUGGGCUGGGGACCCAUCCCCUGGCUCUUCAUGGGCGAGGCACUGCCGGCCAAGGUGCGUGGCCCCGCUGCUUCUAUGGUCACGGCGCUGAACUGGUCCUGCACCUUCAUCAUCACCAAGACGUUCCCUGGCAUGAUCGAGGUGCUUGGGCCGUCCAUCGUGUUCUUCAUGUUCUCCGGCAUCAUGGUGUUCGGCUUCUUUUACGCCUUGUUCCUGAUCCCGGAGACGAAAGGCAAGAUGUUGGAAGAGAUCGAAGAGGAGUUGUCGGGCAGGAAAAGUUCUCCUAACAGGAAGAUCAGCACCAUCUCCGGUCUCAAUAUGAAGUAACGGCAGCGCCCCUGAGCUCCCUACCCACACCCAGUCAGCCGCCUCUCCUGCGGAGGGGCUCGGUAUGGCUGCAGUAGACCAGCACGAAGUCUGAAAGCGGCUCAUGGGACAGCCCUAACCCAGCCGGAACGCGGGACACAUUCCUGCCGGCGGGUGUCGUGAAGGACAAGGAGGGCGAGGCGUCUGUCUCGAUGCGCGUGAUCCGUGGGGCCUCCGUGGCCAGUGUUGGCGCUGCAGGACACACAGGCGACUGCAGAACUCUGGAUGCUGCAGGGCGUGAAGGUGUGCUGGGUGGUGAAGGGUGGCAGGCGUUUUGAAGUACCAGUAACUGUACAUAUUGUUAAUUUCUCUCUUUUUACAUAUAAGUUUAUUAAGUGUUUGUUUUGUAUCAGUCACGUACACAGAUAUUAUUUAAGAGUGUCGUGUUACAUUAUGUUAGAUCGUACGCCCACCGUCGUGUGCACCCCGUCCACUCACCGUGUGUGUGUAUGUGUGUGUGUCGAGCAAUGACCAUUAUGUAUUGUACAAGACACUCAGUACCAGGUGUGUGCAUGGAUGGGUGGAUGGAUGGAUGGCAGGAAAGAUAUGAAUGGAUGAACCGAUAAUGGGAUGAAUGACUGGCAGGAUGUCGUUCCCUCGUCCACGGGGUUGGAGUCUCCCUGAGGUGAGUGGGGCCCAGCAGGACGGUGGUUGGUGGCCCCGCCGGCGGACGCUCUCCACUAAUGUUGAUUAUUGUGUUGUUUAUACUUGUUGAAGCCACAUCAAUACGUGUUCUUAUUAUUAUUAAAACUAUGAAAUGA